AUGUUCGCGCGCUUCUUAUAUUUCUUAAUAUUUUUUACAACGAUCGACGCAAGUUUCGUUGAAGAGGAGUGCCUCAACUACACUGUAUACCCGGUGCAAUAUGAACUGACGAUAAUUCCGUACAUAUACAAGACGGGCGAUUCGUAUUACGACUGCAGCUUGGUGGUGACCAUUAUAGCGAACGCGCCUAACGUGAAGGUGAUAGAGAUGGACGCUAAGGGCUUGGAUAUAAGGCGGGAUUCCGUGGGUGUGUUUGACGGCAGCCUGGACUUGGUGAACAAGCACAGACCUUACGAGUAUGACGCGGGCAGAGGCAAACUGUACAUAUAUCUGACUGAUUCACUGAAGAUGUACAACGUACACAAGACGCAAUACCUGUUGAAAAUCUCCUUCAACAAACAUAUCAGGAAUGUGGACGAGGGCAUAUUCCUAGCGGACUACAAGGAGCACUCAAAAACGAAGUACUUAUUCGCAACGAGACUAUCGCCGAACAAGGCGAAACACUUCUUCCCGUGUUUCGACAAUCCUCGCUUCGAGGCGGUUUUCAAAUUCAAGGUUUUCGCUCCGCCAUCGCGUGUUGACCUCCAGACGUCUAACACUAGCCUAGUCAUUGCCAAGGAGCAGAGACGGUAUACUGGGAGCAAUGAUUACGUGAUAAUCGAGUACGUACCGUCACCUCAAGUGACUCUGGACCAAGUCGGCUUCCACUACUCGAACUUUGUCAGUCGUCAGUUCGGAGAGGCGAUUAUAAAUCUGAUUCACGAAUUUGCCACCACACGCCGGCCUCUAUUAAAUGGGCCCAUAAAUCUAGUAGCAGUACCAUCAUUACUUAAUGGAUACGAGAUUAGCAGCUGGAACCUCUUGGCCAACGGCGAAAGCAGACUCGGGUACAUUCCUCAGAUAACAAGCAUAAAGCAGAUGAAUGACAUGACGUUUGAAUUGGCACAACAGCUGUGCAGGAUAUGGCUGGGCAAUCCCGGUGAGCCGCAAAGGACGAGGUGGAAAGAGGAGUGGUUCAAGGAGGGAGUUGCAACAUACUUGGCGUAUUAUUUAUUGGCACAGUACAAUAACGGUGAAAUGGCCUCGGAAGACAUUGUGCCCAUUGGCAAAUAUGGUCUCGAUAUGAAGCACAAGUCAAUGUCAUUAGAUUGGCAUCACAGCACACCGGCGUUAGCGGCAUUCAACAGAACGUUAGCCGUCGAAAUACCGUCGAGGUACAAGCAAUUGGUGACCAUGAAGACGGCAUCCAUACUGUGGAUGGUUGAAAAUUGGCUAGGAGCGGAGAGGUUCCAGAAGGCUUUGGCCAAAUAUAUCAACUCGAGGAGGGGCAAAUAUAUUUCCUUGGAGGACUUCAUGAUUAGUCUGGACCACGACACAGUUGAGUGUCUUCAUCAGUUCUUCAAUGGCUCCACUUCAUCCAGGGUCCUUAACUCCUGGUUCCAUCAGUCCGCGUAUCCGUUGGUCAACGUCCAAGUACUGCGGGACCGUAAUCCGAAUGUAAUUGUUCUGAAACAGAGACAAUUCAGCUUCACAAGCCACAAUCGCGUCGACUCCAACUAUCUUAUACCUGUCUCUUAUAUCGUGCAAAACAACCAAAACUGCUACAACUGCUACCAGCCAAGGUUCACCAUCGGUAUGCAGACGUAUUCAUUCGGGGAAAAUCUCAAUGGCGGCUGGAUAUUACUCAACAGGAACGCUUCAGGUUAUUACCGAGUCAAUUACGACUUAUCCACUUGGAGACUCAUAGCAAAAACUUUAAAGGAAGAUCAUUUGGCAAUCGACGAACUAGAUAGAGCGCAAAUAGUUAAUGACAUUCUUGCUCUGUUCGCGGCCGGGGAUUUAGACAGAGACACAGCGCUGACAGUUCUAGAUUAUCUUAACGAGGAACUAAGUGAGGUCGUGUGGGCCGCCGUCAUUGACGGCUUCGAGCUGUUGAAAACAGAUGGCGCUAGCUGUCACAUGACCAAGAACUUGUAUCAAGAAUGGCAGGAAUUCAUGCGAACCAAGGUAGCUGCCCUUUAUAAGCGGCUGAUAGACAGCCGGGAGCAAACGGCAAAUAUACGACUGUUCAGAAGCAAUAUCGUCAAUUUCGCGUGUUUCGUCAGAUAUCGGCCGUGUGUUAGUUUAAUGAGGACUUUCAAUUCAAAAUCAAUCGCUAGAGACAGAAUGAAUCCGGAUUUUAGGGAAACAUUCUACUACGUGCUUCUACACGAGUCUAAUGUAAAUCUUGCCGGUGAUGGAUUAAAUCUGUGGGAAGUGGAAGAUAAAAUCAAAUCUGAACAUAAAUUACGCGAAGAGAACAGAUUUUUGUACAGAAUACCGAUUGGAACUGCUCGUCCAUUAGAGUUAAUGCGUUCCACCACGACGGAGUUUUUGAUCUCAACUGAGUCUACCGUAGGCAGUACAACGGCAGAGACUUUAACAGCUGGGCCAAGUGGAUCUAUGUCAAGAGAGGCUUCUUUGCUUAUAACAAUAUUCUUAAUAAUCUUUGUUGCUAUGACGAGA